ACUGCAGACACAGUACAGGGGAUGACCAGAGACUGCAGACACAGUACAGGGGAUGCAGAGACUGCAGACACAGACAGGGAAUGACCAGAGACUGCGGACAUAGACAGGGGAUGACCAGAGACUGCGGACAUAGUACAUUGGGGGAUGACCAGAGACUGCGGACACAGUGCAGGGGAAUGACCAGAGACUGCGGACACAGUGCAGGGAAUGACCAGAGACUGCGGCGGACACAGUACAGGGAGAUGACCAGAGACUGACACAGUACAGGGGAUGCCAGAGACUGGGACAGACAGGAGAUGACCAGAGACUGCAGACAACAGUACAGGAAAUGACCAGAGACUGCAGACAGUGCAGGGAAUGACCAGAGACUGCAGACAGUGAAGGGAAUGACCA